GAAGCCUAGUGUGGACGGGUUCAAAAGAGCAAACUAAUUACAAAAAAUGCACAAGCUGUACUAUCGGUGGAUAUUUGUGAUGAUAACCCAGUGGAUCCUGUCCACCCUGGUUGAGGCAGCACCACAACGAGAGCCAAAUUUUCCACCCGCCUCGUUAAUCGAAAUGACGGCGGAUAAGCAUCGGUCAUGUGUCGACGAAACUGGUGUCAGCGAGGACUCUAUCGCCCGUUUCAACGGACCGGAAAUUUUUGACGAUGACGAACGACUCAAGUGCUAUAUGGAUUGCAUGUUCCGUAGGUUUAACGUUACUGAUCCGGACGGCGAGGUGAAUAUGAUUGAGGUGUAUCAUGCAAUUCCCAAGCAGCUGAAUAGCGUCGCCUUGAAGGUCUCGAAUGUGUGUCGUGACUCUGUCGAGGGUUCUACCCUCUGUGAGCGGGCAUUCUCCCACCACAAAUGCUGGAAGCAAGCUGAUCCUAUCCACUACUACCUUUUCUGAAUGGGGGAUUGCCGCGGUGAGGAUUCUACGGAGCAACGAAAUAUUCAAUGUGUCAUACGAACAAUUGACUUUCAUCGUUCGGAAAGUAUAGUAUGUUAUAGAACUACCACCUAUUCAGAAAUCUCUGGAAAAUGAAAUCACACGGAUGAAGCCACUAUAGAAGUCUUAUCCAUACGAGAGAUAUCGAUCCCAUGUCCGACAUUUAUCGCACCUUGCAUGGCAAAAGUUAAUUCAUUUGUUUUCUUUAUUGACAAACUGUAUUGCGAUUAGAUAACGACGUCAAACAGUAAGUGGGUUUGCUACGAAUAGUGUUUCGCGUUCUGCUCAUAUGUUUAGUUUGUUCAGUCGAGGUGAACACAAUUUGUUUACAUGCGUUUUCAUCGCAGAACAUAUUCCCACAAGUUGAAUGCUGCUCUGCGAAUGAGACGAAAUAAAGUGGGAUAAUUGUCCUUUCUCAAGGCACCGUGUUCAUAGAAUUUUUGUGAGUGUGAGCCCUGAGAAAUUAACAUAUAAUAUGUUCACAUUACCGUUUAAAACCCGCAGCCCAAGAUGAAAAGUUCUUCGAAACAUACUUCCUUUAAUGUUUGAAUCGUUGAUUCGUGAUUUCGAAAUACAUAUAUAGAACAGAUUCUUAAUAAUCUGUGUACGAGUAUUCCUCAACGGAUCUAAUGUAUCAACAAUUUAAAUAAAACAAUAAAACUUUUUUUUUAUUUUGAUCA